UCUGGGUCGCGCUACAAACGAACCCUCAUUUCUUCAGUCUGCGCUCCUCUGCGCCCUUACAUGGCCCCCACAAUCCGUUCUAACCUGGUCGCUAAGCGCAUAUAGCCCUGGCCCUUUGCUUUUUAGUGCGCGUUUCAUCGGGAGGGCUGUUGCACGGCGCACACGGCAUGCGUGCAGAGCUCGUGUGCUCUCAAACACGCAAUCCCCAUGUCUGGGUAUGGGUUGAACAGCCCUUUGAUGACCUGAUCAUUUCCAGUCGAGAGGUUAUUGUCCGAAUGCUUCCAACCUUCCCGGUCCAUCUGCACCUCGAACAGUCUGGCCAAGCUGUCAACCGUGCAUGAAUAUGGGGAUCCCAGCAUGCAUCUUUUGGACCCUGGCGAUGAUCAACGGCUUUGGGAAGGCAAUGCGAUGGCUGCACCGUGCAGUCUUCCAACACUUGACGAACCGCGUCCAUGUCACUGCUUCCGACCAACACACCACGCCAUGCCCAAUGACGCACUCGCUUGUCUCUGUUUCCAAGACACCGAACACCGAAACUCCAGAGCAAGAACAGAGGCCCCGUCGAUACUGCUAAUACCCACUAGAACCCACAUUUCCUAGGCUGACACAUGCCUUUCAAAUCGCAGUGCACCUAUUGCCAUCGGGUAUAAUGAUAGCGAG